AGGAGCGACGAAGGUUCAUACUUUUUUCGAGUGGAAGGAGGAAGUUUGAGAUGGAGUUACAUGUCUAACCGGCUCUCCUUGCAUGUGACAGCCCUGACCCACACACCCAACAUCCUCAUUUCUGGGGCUCUGGCCGCUGGCCGCCCCAGGAGCCUGACCUGCUCAGUGCCCUGGGCCUGUGAGCGGGGCACACCCCCCAUCUUCUCCUGGACAUCAGCCGCCCUCACCUCCCUGGGCCCCAGGACCCUCCUCUCCCCAGUGCUCACCCUCACCCCACGGCCCCAGGACCACGGCACCAACCUCACGUGUCAGGUGAUGUUCCCCACAACUGGGGUGAUCAUGGAAAGGACCAUCCAGCUCAACGUCACCUGUGCUCCACGGAAUCCAUCAGUCAACGUCUGCCUGGGGGAUGGCACAGGGGAAUCGGGGACCAGGGCAGGAGUGAUUCAGGGGGCCAUCGGGGGAGCCAGUGUCACCAUGCUGCUUGCUCUCUGCCUUGGCUUCAUCUUCAUCAGGGUGAAGACCUACAGGAAGAAGGCAGCCAGGCCAGCAGUGGGUGUGGAGGACAUCCACCCUGCUGUGGGGACAGCUUCCCUGGGUCUCCAGCAGGAGUCCAAGGUGGAGGGUCCUGAUGAGCCCACGAGCUCCACAGGGACUGCCCCCACCUUGAGGAUGGAGCAGGAGCUGCAAUACGCCUCCCUCGCCUUUCCGGGAUGACUCCUCAGGAGGGCACCUACACGGACUAUGCAGAGAUCAGAACCCAGUGAGGGAGCAUCAGCCUCGGCCAGAGCGUCCACAUCCCCUGCAGGAAAGGGGACCCAAGGGUUGAUUCCUGGAGACGUCACAUCCCCAUAGGCCAACUCCAAGAGUUUGUGAGCUUCCGGCUAUGUGGGAACUAUCUUAGACUUUGCAAUCAGAGCGACCUGGGAUCAACGCACGCUCUUUCAUUUACUAUGGGCAUGACAUCAGGUGAGCCACAUUACCUCCCCUGCCUCGGUCUCCUGCUUUGUGGAGUAGGUGUGAGAAGUCCAGCCUUACAGGGUUUCUGCGAGGAUUAAAUAAAAGUAUGUAUGAGAAACACACAGCAGAAGGCCUGGUAUGUUGUGACCUUUGUCAACUGAAAAAAAAA